AGCUAGAUAAGCCUUUCAUAAUAGAAAUAGUCGAAAUGAAAUUCAAGGGUUUCAUUUUGCUAGGGCUUCUGUUUGCAGUAGUUCUCAUCUCUUCCAUUGACGCAGCGGCUGAGACAUCCACACAUGAGAAUAAAGUGGAAGCCAGGGUAGCCCCAAAAGAAAAGAAAUCGAGCCAAGUAGAGGAUUCAAAGCCGGUCGAAAUUGGCCGAUGUGGGUGCUGCUGUCGUCAUAAUAUGUGGGGAUGCGGUUUGCACUGUUGUGAUGGUAGAGGACCUGGCACUGGCUGUCCACAUGGAGGCAGCACUACAGGUGUUGGCGCUAUUCCAGGUGUUGGAAGCGGCAUUCCGGGUUUUGGAGGCGGCAUUCCGGGUGUUGGAGGCGGCAUUCCGGGGGUUGGAGGAGGCAUUCCGGGGGUUGGAGGCGGCAUUCCGGGCGUUGGAGGAGGCAUUCCCGGCGUUGGAGGAGGCAGCAUUCCGGGUGUUGGAGGAGGCGUUCCAGGUGUUGGAGGCAUUCCGGGGGUUGGCGGUGGCGUUCCAGGGAAUGGCGGCAUUCCACGCGUUGGACGCGGUGUUCCAGGGGUUGGUGGAGGAAUAGGAGGCGGCAUUCCAGGCAUUCCCGGCCGUGGAGGAAUUGGGGGUGGCCGAGUCCGUGGCCGAGGAAACUGAAGGCGGACGCUGCUUUAUGAAGAUUAUGUACCUACAGGAAUUACAUCGUGUAUAUAAAUAAUGUGUCUUUCCACAAAAGAUUAGGAGGGAAAUAUGAGUAACAGUAUGCAUGCAUGGGAUCUAUAUCUGCGUAGAUGAACCACGAUCAUGAAUACGUGAGAUUGAGUCAAGUGCCACAUGUAGUAGCUUUAAUAUUUUGUGUACUUGGUUUUAUGAAGCUAGCAUCAAAUUUUAAUUCCAUCAUCUGUAAUUUUU